AUGUAUUAUUAAUGUUCAAAAUGCAGAGAACUGGUUGUGGACGAAUAACCCUGCAAAUGUGAUAAAAAGUGGAUAAUUUUGAUUUGUUUUGUCGUUGUAAAGAUAUCAUUUAUAGCAUUCUGCUAUAAUUCGGUUAUUCGUAGUAGUGUUUACGGAAUAUUCACAUUUUCUGUCUUUGUUUUAGGGUUGAUAGCCUUGAUAGUUAGUUUCUUCUUUUGUAGAAGUGAUUAAAAACAUAGGAUCCCCUUAAAUAUGACUCUGCUUUAAGGAUAAUAUAAUCCUCAAGUGGUACAAUAAAAUCCAUAUGUAUAUGUUAAUUAGUUCCAAAAUCCUUAACCAAACAUCUAACAAGCUGGAUAUUACUAAUAUCAAAAUUAAAUCAAUGCUAGUUAAAAUAAUUAAGUUUAAAUUCCUAUUUAAUAACAUUGA